AUGUUUCUCAUUGGCAAGGUCUACUCUACACAUUCUACUACACUGGUGAUUGCCCUGUUCAACAAAUGCAAGUCAGACUUUGGACAGGUGAAGGAUAGAUGUUGUUUCUACAGGUCAGCGACUAGGGAAACUAUGGCCUGGUCUGAGUCUGUGGACACACUACUAGCCAAUAAAGAUGGUCUGGCGGCUUUUAGAACAUUCCUGCGCUCUGARUUCAGUGAGGAGAACAUUGAGUUCUGGCUGGCCUGUGAGGACUUCAAGAAAACCAAAUCCUCCACUAAAAUGGUCUYAAAAGCCCAAAAGAUUUAUUCAGACUUCAUACAGGCCGAUGCUCCAAAGGAGAUCAAUAUUGACUUUCAUACCAGAAAUCACAUCUCCCAGAACAUCUCCGAGCCCACCCUCGGGUGCUUCGAUGAUGCGCAGCGGUUGGUCUACAGCCUCAUGGCAAAGGACUCUUUCCCCAGGUUUCUCAGGUCYGAGGAGUAUAAGGAGCUAGUAAAUAAGCAGCAGGAUGGGAACCAGAAACGGUGGCUCCCCUUUUUGUAA